GUGACGUCUCCCGCGGACGUCGAUACAGUCGGCGGCGUCGACUGCCGAGUCGGACUCGUCCGCUGGAAAAUGGCGGAAUACUUGGCCUCCAUCUUCGGCACCGAGAAAGACAAAGUCAACUGUUCAUUUUAUUUCAAAAUUGGAGCAUGCCGUCAUGGAGACAGAUGUUCUCGGUUGCACAAUAAACCGACCUUUAGCCAGACCAUUGCCCUCUUGAACAUUUACCGUAACCCUCAAAACUCUUCCCAGUCUGCUGACGGUUUGCGCUGUGCCGUGAGUGACGUGGAGAUGCAGGAGCACUACGAUGAGUUCUUUGAGGAAGUCUUCACUGAGAUGGAAGAAAAGUACGGAGAGGUUGAGGAGAUGAAUGUCUGUGACAACCUAGGAGACCACCUGGUGGGGAACGUGUAUGUCAAGUUCCGACGUGAGGAGGAUGCGGAGAAAGCUGUGAUCGACUUGAAUAAUCGUUGGUUUAAUGGGCAGCCUAUCCAUGCAGAGCUGUCCCCAGUGACUGACUUCAGGGAAGCCUGCUGUCGCCAGUACGAAAUGGGAGAGUGCACAAGAGGAGGCUUCUGUAACUUCAUGCAUCUGAAGCCGAUCUCGAGAGAGCUGAGACGGGAGCUGUAUGGGCGCCGGCGCAAGAAGCAUAGAUCCAGAUCCCGAUCUCGGGAGCGGCGUUCGAGGUCCAGAGACCGUGGGCGUGGCGGCGGCGGUGGAGGUGGAGGUGGUGGAGGACGAGAGCGUGACAGGAGGCGGUCAAGAGACAGGGAAAAGAUCUGGGCGAUUCUGAGCCGAGCCGUUUUUACCGUGUGUCUGCUAGACAGUGUUGUAGUUGGUUGACAAGCCAGUUCAUAAUGGGAUUUUUUUUUAAAAAACAACAAAAAAAAAACAAAGAUGGGUUUCUGAAUAAAAUUUGUAGUGAUACAAU